UCUGUCUGUGGCUUUGGUGCUCUCACUGCGGCAAUACUCGUUUGUGUUUCCAUUAAUUUUCCGAAUCGUCAUCAUCAUUUUGCAUUUGACUUUCGUAUCGAGCAGUUUAUUGUGCAUCGAGUUUGUGUUCACGUUCACGUUAUUUCCGUUUGUCGCCGACUUUUUUUUUUCCUCACACAAGUGCAAUAAUUUUCUUAAAAAUUUCUAUUGCGCGUGUGUAUAUGUUCGUGCCGUAAUUUUGUGUGUGAGUGGCUUGUGUUUUCAUAACUCGAGAUCUUUUUGACAACUGAUGUUGGUGUGGAAACACUAAAACCCGGUCCAAGUUAUUUGCAUGGAAUGUGUUCCAUUAAAAUAUGUAUGCUAUUAAAAGCUGAUUAAGAAAUUAAAUAAAAAACAUUGAAAAUUUCUGUGAUAACCAAAAAAUAUACGUUAGGACAGCUGCGAAAACUCGUUCCUUCCUGCCAUUUUAACUGUAUUUUUCCGCACUGACCAAUAAUAAGCUGAAUUGAUUCGUGCUGACCAGAGCGGAGGAGCCACAUACCAAAAUGUCGCGCAAAUCGCUAAAUGUUCGCGUCACCACAAUGGACGCCGAACUGGAGUUUGCCAUACAACACACGACCACCGGCAAACAGCUCUUCGAUCAGGUCGUCAAAACGAUCGGUCUGCGUGAGGUCUGGUUCUUUGGUCUGCAGUACAAUGACUCAAAGGGUGAUUCCACAUGGAUUAAACUUUACAAAAAGCCAGAAUCGCCAGCCAUAAAAACCAUAAAAUAUUUGAAACGAGUUAAGAAAUAUGUGGAUAAGAGGACGGCAGACGGCCACCACAGCCAGCACAACAAUGAGGUUAGCGACGAAGAUGACGAUGCCGAUGAUAUGACUGGAUCCAUGCCAUUCUCCACAUGGGUCUUGAAUCAGGAUGUGAAAAAGGAGAAUCCCCUACAAUUCAGAUUCCGCGCCAAGUUCUAUCCGGAAGAUGUCGUUGAGGAGCUCAUCCAAGACAUAACACUCCGCCUAUUCUAUUUGCAAGUGAAGAAUGCCAUACUAUCCGACGAAAUUUAUUGUCCUCCCGAAACGUCCGUACUGCUCGCUUCGUAUGCCGUUCAAGCACGUCACGGCGACUACAAUAAAGGCGUGCACAUAGCCGGAUUCUUGGCCAAUGAUCGCCUGCUGCCGCAACGUGUCAUGGAUCAACACAAAAUGACCAAGGACGAAUGGGAGGAAUCGAUAAUGAAUUGGUGGAAGGAUCAUCGCGGCAUGUUACGCGAAGACGCAAUGAUGGAGUACUUGAAGAUCGCACAGGAUCUGGAGAUGUACGGUGUGAAUUACUUUGAAAUCCGCAACAAGAAGGGCACCGAGCUGUGGUUGGGUGUGGACGCGCUCGGUCUUAAUAUCUACGAACAGGAUGACAAGUUGACGCCGAAAAUCGGUUUCCCUUGGUCGGAAAUCCGCAACAUUUCAUUCUCGGACAAGAAAUUCAUAAUCAAACCGAUCGAUAAGAAAGCGCCCGACUUUGUCUUCUUUGCGCCGCGCGUACGCAUCAACAAGCGAAUUUUAGCGCUAUGCAUGGGCAAUCAUGAGCUGUAUAUGAGGCGUCGCAAGCCCGAUACAAUUGAUGUGCAGCAAAUGAAGGCGCAAGCACGUGAGGAGAAGAACGCCAAGCAGCAGGAGCGCGAGAAACUUCAAUUGGCGCUCGCGGCUCGUGAACGUGCUGAGAAGAAGCAGCAUGAGUACGAGGAUCGUCUGAAGCAAAUGCAAGAGGAAAUGGAGCGCUCACAGAAGGAUCUGAUCGAGGCCCAAGAGAUGAUACGUCGUCUUGAAGAUCAAUUGCGUCAAUUGCAAGCAGCCAAGGACGAGUUGGAGCUGCGUCAGAAAGAACUGCAGGCUAUGUUACAACGCCUGGAGGAGGCCAAGAAUAUGGAAGCUGCAGAGAAGGCCAAACUGGAGGAGGAAAUCAUGACCAAACAAAUGGAAGUACAACGCAUUCAAGACGAGGUGAACGCCAAGGACGAAGAGACGAAACGUCUACAAGACGAAGUCGAGGAAGCCAGACGUAAACAGUCGGAAGCUGCUGCUGCACUUUUAGCGGCGUCAACGACACCUCAGCACCAUCACGUUGCAGAGGAUGAGAACGAGAACGAAGAGGAGCUCACGAAUGGUGAUGGUGGCGGUGAUGUGUCACGCGAUCUGGACACAGACGAACAUAUCAAGGAUCCAAUCGAGGACAGACGCACACUAGCUGAGCGCAACGAGCGCCUGCAUGAUCAAUUGAAAGCUCUAAAGCAAGACUUGGCACAAACCCGUGACGAGUCGAAAGAGACGCAAAACGAUAAGAUUCAUCGGGAGAAUGUGCGUCAAGGUCGCGACAAAUACAAGACAUUACGAGAAAUCCGUAAGGGCAACACAAAGCGUCGUGUCGAUCAAUUUGAAAACAUGUAAACUGGAAUUUGUGGGCUGGGUGCGAAGUAGCCGGCUGAGGUGGACUGGCAUGACUACGGCGUCAGUCUUGUAUAGAACAACAGCAUCAAUGGCAGCGGCUAUAUAAACAUUAUACAAUAACAACAACAACAACAAAAACAGCAAUAAUAACAACAACAGCAGCAGCAAUUUACAGUAACCAUUCAACCAACUAACUGAAAACACACCUCCGCCCGAUCGUCCUCGACAUGAGCAGAUCGUUAUUUAAAUUUAAAAAAAAAAUACUAUUUACAAAGUAAGAAAUGAAAUUUGAUACACUUUUUGAUAAGAUAAAGUCUUCGAUGUCGCAAAGUAGGUAAACCAUAAAAAACUAAAACAAAAAAUCAUAAACGCUUACAAAACAAAUUCGUAGAAACAAUCAAAUGCAUUUUCUUUCCUUUUUGGAUAAAAAUUGAAUUAAAUCAAAAAUAAUAAGAUUGCUGUUCCCCCUAUAUGUUGAUGAUUCGAAUGUAGAAUCGCAAAUAUUUAGUUUGGUUUUGUCUACUUUAUUUUAUUUACAAAGUAUUCCUAUUCCUUUGGCAUUUAUUUCAAUAAAUUCCUUUAAUUAAAAGUUAUUAAAAUUAAAAUAAAAGUGUGCGAAAAAAGCUAGAAUAGAAUUUGCAUUAAAAUUAUUUUCCCGAGCUAUACUAAAAUGUCAAUUGUUUUUUCCAACUUUUCUUCAAACACAUAAUCGCAAAUGUGAAAAUCGUCAAUCAAUACAUUUUUUUCUUGAAUCGUUCCCAAGGCGAAUUCAUAAUUCGUACCGUAUUAAUUAUUUAAUUUUUGAGUACCAACUUUAUAUAUACAGUUAUAUAAAAAUUGUAGUCUUUUUUUUUUGAUUUUUUUGAGAAAGAAAAACUUUUAAACGAUAUAAAUACUUUAAGGUAUAGUUGUUCUAUAUAUAUAAUUAUUACACAUUAUUAUUAUAAAAUAACAGUACCAUUAAUUUGAAAGGAUAAAUGGAAAUCUAAUCAUUCAAACAAGAGAAAAACAGAGCAACGCAAAGGGAAUCCAUUUACAUGAAAAAUUGUUAUUAUUACUUGGCAGAAUAAUUAUAUUAUUAAUAAUAUAAUAAAAUAAAAAUAAACCAUUGUAUUAUUAGAAGAAGAAGAAGAAAAAGAAGAUGAUGAUGAUGAUGCGAGAGUGACCACUAGGGAUCAGCGUGAGUUUCUAACCGCACCAUAUUAAAUAAGAUUAACGUCAACUGCUUUCGUUAAGCUUCAGCUUACUCAUGGAAGCAAGACCAACUUGUUUUUAAUUGCAUUUGUUCGAGAAAAAUUACAUUAGCACUACCUGUGGAUUUCAUUUAUAUCGUUCGAUACUGCAAAUAUUUAUUAUUACAACAUUAUACAAAAAAUAAUAAUAAUAAUAAUAAAGUGGAUUACUCUUGAAGAGGUGAAAAAAGUCGAUGCCACUGCAUUGCUAUUGUUGUGGUAAUAGUAUUAAAGUGAACUCUGCAACUUGUUAAAAACUGUCUUAUCGUUAACCCUCCCUUCGCUGAUAAUUGUAUAAUUUCACGUUUUGUAGUUAACAAAAAAAACUGACUCUUAAUUCCAUUAAUUUUUAGCUAAAGUUUUUUUUUUUUGGAAGUUAAGGUAUCAAAACAAUAGAAAAAUUUAGUACACUAAAGGCUUAUCCUUUGCUAGAGCGAUAUGCCUAUUCACUGAAAAUAGUUUGCUAAACCAUAAUUUAAAUAAUACUAAAAUAAAGUUUUUCUUUUUUGUAUACAAAUAUA